AUGCUUGUUAUCAAUUUUCACUCUUUUGUAUUUUUCUUCCAUUCAAUGUUUCUGCACGUAUCUGAAAACCGGCGCAUUCGAGAACUCUCUCUCUCUCUCUCCCUCUCUCACUCUCCCUCUUUCUAUAUUCCUCUCUAUCUCUUUCUCUCCCUAUCUUUUUCUCUCUCUCCCUCCCUCUCUAUAUCCCCACUCUCUCUCUCACACACACUCUCCAUCUUUCUAUAUUCCUCUCUAUCUUUUUCUCUCCCUAUCUUUUCUCUCUCUCCCUCCCUCUCUAUAUCCCCACUCUCUCUCUCCCUCUUUCUAUAUACCUCUCUAUCUCUUUCUCUCCCUAUAUUUUCUCUCUCUCCCUCCCUCUCUAUAUCCCCACUCUCUCUCUCCCUCUUUCUAUAUUCCUCUCUAUCUCUUUCUCUCCCUAUCUUUUUCUCUCUCUCCCUCCCUCUCUAUAUCCCCCUCUCUCCUCUCUCUCUCUCUCUCUCUCUCUCCGUGUCUUUGGGUUUUUUUUAA